ACGAGAAUUCUCAUUUUCUUGCAGGAUGGUCUACUUGACGAUGAAGUUGUGCCGGUUGAGAUACCGCAGAAGAAUGGACCUCCACGGAUAUUCCGUGAAGAUGAAGAACUGAAACGACUGAAUGAAGCAAAGGCUCGGCAAAUUCAAAAUUUUUAA